AAACCCAAACCCAAACCGAGACACAAAUCAAUCUCUCACUCUCUCUCUUUGAGAAUUGAGAUAGAAACCAAAACACCAAGCACAUGACUCGUCCCUUGAGAAUUUUAGGCGAGCGCAACUCGUCAACCACCGACAACGCCCCCUCCGUCGUCGACUCCGACUUCGUCGUCAUCCUCGCCGCCCUCAUCUGCGCUCUCAUCUGCGUUCUCGGACUGGUCGCUGUAGCUCGCUGCGCUUGUCUCCGCCGCCUCCGCCUCUCAUCCUCCUCCGCCGCCGCUACUCCCUCGCUUCCCGCAGCUGCCAACAAAGGUGUCAAGAAGAAGGUACUCAGCUCUCUCCCCAAGGUCACCGCCACAGUCGAGUCGGCUGGCAAGUUCUCCGACUGCGCGAUCUGCCUGGCGGAGUUCACAGCCGGAGAUGAGAUCCGAGUGCUGCCUCAGUGUGGCCAUGGCUUCCACGUGUCGUGUAUCGACGCGUGGCUGAGGUCGCAUUCAUCGUGUCCAUCGUGCCGUCAGAUUCUGGUGGUUCCGAGAUGCAACAAGUGCGGUGGUUUUCCAGCACCCGCGAGCUCGAGCACCACCGCCACCGCCUCUCAGCCACCGGAAUCGGAUUCCACAUUCAAGGUAAGCGGCGAUCAUGCCAAUAGGUUUUUACCUUAGCUUCAUCCUUUUCUCCAAUUUCUUUUUCCUAAUCAUGUUCAUAUUUAUGUGUAUUCUAUCUAUAAAAUUUAGUAAUUCAAUUCCGUGUGUAAUAGGCUAAUAGCACUGUAGGAUUAAUUACUUAGGAUUGUAAAUAGCAUCAUCAGCUGAAUUAUUAUUGCAUUUGUA